AUUUAUUAUAAAAACGAAUGGGUAAUUGCUGUGAUGUAAGAUAAACGCACAAUUCUCCUAAAAUCAACAGUGUGCCUUCAGUUUCUGAAAUUCUCUCAGAAUCAGAAAUCAAAGAAUAAUCAUUUUAAUUCAAAGAAAAGGGUAAUCAAUAUAUGCAGUAAAAAUAAUUUAAAGAAGCUAUCAUUGCAUAUACAUAGGCAAUAGUACUUAAUUUGAUAAAUUGAUAGAAUUUAUAUGAUAAAGAAUCAAUCUAUUAUUCAAAUCGUGCUGUUGCCUAUCGAACUGUCUAAGAUUAUGAUAACGUUAAGAAGGACGCUAUGCAAGCUUUAUAAUUAGAUAAUCGAAAUGUUCGAGCUUAUUUUGUUUUGGGAACAAUUUAUUUGAUUUUAGGAUAACAAGAUAAAUGCUUGAAUUAAGCAUAAGAAGGUGUAAAUUUCUUGUUUUUAGGUAUUGUGUAAUAAAAUAAUGAAGCUUAAAAACAUAUCGAUUUAAAACCCUAAUUGAAAGAAAGUGUUGAUUACAACUAUUCGCAAGGGCUUAUUCUAAAAUCUAAGCUAGAAAAGUCAGAGAAUUAUAAGGGUUCUAUAUUAUAAUAUUUUAAGAAUUCAUAAAAUUAAAGGAUAGUCUAAAUACAUAAUAUGGAAAAACAAUAAAUUUAAGUAAGUUAUCAUAUCCAGGAACAAAGGAAUAGUAUGUUCCAACAUCAAUAGAAUGUUACACAUGCAUAAUAACUCAAGAGUUGAUGUUUGAGCCUAUCUUAUUGAGUAGUGGACAUACUUAUGAAAAAUGUUCCAUAAAUGAAUGUAUAAGAGUUAACGGACCUUUCGAUCCAUCAACAAGAUAAAUCAUUUAGGGCAAUUACAUUCCAAAUAUUUAAUUAAAAAAUGCAAUAGUUGAUUAUUAAAAUAAUACUCUUGAAUUCUAAUGA